UCCAUUCGCACCCAAAAGAAGAGAGCCAUCACCACCAGCGAGUUUUGUGUCGAACGAGCAAAGUGUUGUGAAGAAAAAUACGGGUCCAUCCUCCGAUGAAACCCAUUCGAAAGUUAUCUGUUCGCAAAGCAACAAUCCCACAGCUAGUGUGGUUCGCGAAAAAUUGAACAAGCUCUCGGUCGAUCCCGGGUGGGUGGCGAAGUAAGUAUCGUCGCGACAUUUUUUUUUCUUUUCCUGCUCCGUGGAACAUCCGUCAAAUUGCUCAUCAGUUCAGUAUUCUGCCGUGGGAAGAGGCUAGCUAGCUGUUGUGUAUUGUAGUGGACUUGAUAUUUUUUGGUGACAUCAUGCUUUCCUAGAAACUCGAGAAAGAAGUGGUGGUCGGGGUGCCCUACGUUGUGCAGUAUCGAUAGUGUCUACUAGAGGAAAUCGCAGGUUGUUCAACUAAACGGAAAGAAUCGCUCCAACGAAAAGAAACAAUACAAUCAGCCGUCGCCGAAGAAAGGAAUAUCCGAGAAAUGCGCUGGAAAAAUAUUUAGGCUUUACAGUUAAUUAAAGAAAAUAUGCAAUGCAAUCUACCCGGCGAGAAUAAUUAUUAAGUGUUUAUCGUGUGCUCGACUGAAAUUGCUCUGACGUGAGAAGGCCAAAAAUUAAGACCACACAGAUACACACACCACAUCGAACAGUGGGAAACGGUGCGCUGGAAGAUUCUGGAUCGUCAUUGUCAAGCGGGGCGUAAAGAAGCACUGGGAGUAGUCGGAGCAUGAAGCAACCGGCUGUAGCGGAAGCGGAUCGAACCGCCAGCAAGGCAAACCGACCGAGCCAACUGCUGACCAACGAUGAAAACGAGCAACUAUUCAGUCUGCUCGGGCGACGCUGCCAGACCCAAUGCACCGCCGUGGUACAGCUGUACAUGACGCAAUCACCGGCGCACGCUUCCUGGGUCAAGCGAUGGACCGGAGCGCUCUGCUUCAUCAAGGACAACAUCCGCAAAUCGUACUUCUUUCGGCUGUACUGUCUAAAAACCAACCGGCUCGUGUGGGAGCAGGAAUUGUACGACAAGAUCGAGGUCACCAAGCCGAAGGCGUUCCUGAUCGUUUUCGAGGGACAGGAUGGUAUUGUGGCGUUCAACUUCGCGACGGAGGAGGAAGCAACCGCAUUUAUGAGUAUGACCACCUCAACGAUCAAUAACAGGAACCGGCGAAGAGAUGACAGGCUCAAACGGAACAGCACCCGCAAAGAUCCCCCACCGGCGCGACCUCCACCAGUUUUGAACCAAAACAAUGCCUUUAACGACAACACGGUUACGCUGCGCAACAAACCGUCGUUUUCUGCUCCGAUGAUCCCAAAUACAGCCUUCCAGCAGCAACAACAACAACAGUACCAACAGCGCCCAACCAAAACCAAGGGUAAGACCCGUCUACGCAAGGAGGACAUCGGUAUGCCGUCGAACUUCAAGCACGUGACGCACGUUGGCUGGAGUCCGACUAGCGGUUUCGAUCUUAGUGGAGAAGAAGAAACGCUUAAACCUUUCCUUGAAAAAGCGGGCGUCAGGGACCAGCAUUUGAAAGAUCGCGAGACACGCGAGUUUAUCUACGAUUUUAUUCAGAACCACAAAGUCCUGGAUACUAUGAAGUACGAACAGAGUGGAAAUCGAAAACAAAAACCACCAGCGCCACCACCCGUGCCGAUAAGGAGCCAUCAGGAGCAGCAACAAAUGAACGGUAACAAUCAGCAGCGUAACCCACCGCCACCGCCUCCCAACAGAACGCUUCCACCGCUUCCGGCUACGACGCCACCGAAGGUGAACCCAGCACCUUCCCGACCACCUCCCAUGCAGCAGCAAACACCGGUGGCAUCCAUUCCUGGGCCGCCUCCUCCACCACCACCUCCACCAGCGUCUUCUGGGGCCAUGCCACCACCACCGCCGCCGAUGAUGGCCCCGUCGUCACUGAAACCAGCUGCGCCUGCCCUGCCUAUACCCGCUGGGGAUGAUAGCCGAUCGGCCCUGAUGGACAGUAUUCGCAAGGGAACGACCCUGAAGAAAGUGGACCAAAGUGCGCUGAGCACCGGCAGUGGCGGUGAUCCACGCAGUGAUCUUCUGUCCCAGAUUCGCGAUGGCUUCGAACUGCGACCGGUAGCGGAUCGGGAACCGGGCAACGCACAGGCAGAUCGAACCAGCGGAAGUGGCGACUGUGGCACCGAUGCACUCGCCGAUGCUCUGCGACGGGCACUGGCCGAACGAGGACGCGCUAUACGAUCCUCCGACGAGGACGAGAGUGAUUCCAACUCGGCUAACGAUGACUGGGAUGAUUGAAUGGAACGACGGCGCAAAUGCUUUGAGGUGGAGGUGAGUGAUAGGUUGUCGGUGCUUUUUGCUCCUGUCAACCGAAAACGCGGUGCCAAAUGAGUGUGUGUUUUUUGGGGGGGUUUAGAAGAUGGUUGAAGGUAAGACGAAGCAGGUUACCGAAGGCUGAUGUUAGGAAAUCAGUUAAGCAGAAUUUGUUUAAAUACUUGUAUCAGAGAAGCAUUGAUCGCUCCGUGCAAUGUGUUUUAGCGAUACAUUAUUUUAUUCUUUAUGUUCUAGUUCCCUAUAGUAUUGAAUAUGCUGCCUUUUCUAUGAUUCUAUGUAAUAUGUGCAUAUUUUGUUUAACCUCAAAUUUAAGCUGAUGAUCAAACCGAAAAUCAAGAUAACGGAAGAGCUUUACUCUGACUUGCUACGUGUUCUUUGCAUUCAGAAUUAGUUAUAGAAAGUAGGGAAACAUGAUCGUACUCGCGAUAAAAUGAAAAUUAGAUACCUACUUAUGAACUCACGAUUGAAUGACUUCCAGUUUCAGUGUUGGCUUUUAGUCUUGCUCCAGAACAAGCACAAAGCUGAUCUGCGAUUACUUCGCAAAUCCCCAGUAGAUUUAGUUUCGAGCUUCUAUUCGCUUGUUACAGAUUACAGAUCCAACAAUCAACCUUAUGACACUGACUGAUUGUCAUUGAAACAAAAACAGCUUACUACGAUGAAACCAUGUAACAGUUUCGAUCCGUUGAUUUCGAUAAAAAAUGCAACUUUCGCCCUGUCCAAUCCAAUAAAGAUCAAACAUCAAGUGCUUAAACGAACGAAUUCGUUUAUCGUUUCACUUCGAUUAGAGCGUCGAAUUAAAUUCGGCUGAUCAUCCCUCACGCUUUUCCUCUGACAAUAGUCAAUCUAUUCUCCAUAAGGUUGCGAAAAGAACCCAACUAUCUGAUCAAUAGCAAAUGCGCAACGCAAUCCGGAGAAUUAUUUAUAGACGAUGAAGCUAUUUUCUUGUUUCGUCUACCGACACGGUCGUUAUCGAAUUUGAAUGCACUUUCACUAGUUUAUGAAAUAAAAUUUACAGACCUUGGACUUGUAGAAUAUGUAAUAGGUAGACAUACGAGGAAAUAAAAAUUUAAUGUUAAUAGAUUGUAUAGUAACUUCCCCUUCGUUGAAUUAGUCAAACAGUAGCUCUUAUAUUGCAAAAUAAUCUAUAUUUGUUAGGUGUUUUCUGCUAGUGAACCAAUAACCGAUAGGUCUCAUCAUAGGGAGCAUCAGUUCUUCCCGUGUAUUUUCAGAUCAGUUUUAAAGUGUUUCCGUUGAUUUAAAUGUGUACAUGUUGUGCCUAGUAUUUACUGCGUAACGAAGUCUCCUUAUUAGAAAAAUGUAACGUAGCUCAAACUGUUCAUCAGCAAUCUGUUUCCUACUGUGGGGUUUACUUCUUCGGCACAAUUCAGUAAGGGACUCCAAUAUGAAUAUGUUAACUUGUGAAUUUUACCCUUUUGUAUUCUAACUUAACUACGCUAAAAUAAACUUUUUACCUAGUUAUAAUCCCGUUA